AACGCAAACGGGGUGGCGAGGGGAGGGUUGAGCAGGCUGUUCACUCACUCCCAAAAAGUUUGAUUCCUCAGAUGGAAUCAGCAGGAAAAGUGUACAGUUUGGUUUAGACCGGGACCCGUGAGAGGAUUUCAGCUUUAAUUUAGCCAAAAUGGGACUUUGGUCUUUGCUGUUCUUUCCAGGGAUUUUAAUCUGUGCAUUUUCCCCUCUAAUGAACUGUGAAGAGCAGCGAAUCCCCGAAGAGAAACUUCUAGUUAUGACAGUAGCAACCAAAGAGACAGAUGGCUUCAGGCGUUUCUUGAGGUCAGCUAAACACUUUAACUACACUGUCAAGGUUCUUGGUCGGGGUCAGAAAUGGAGAGGAGGCGACUACAUGUCAGCUCCAGGAGGAGGCCAGAAAGUGCGACUCCUCAAAGAGGCUCUGCAGGAGAUGGAGGCUGAGGACAAAAUCAUCCUUUUUAUUGAUAGCUAUGAUGUGGUUUUCGCCUCGGGUCCCAAAGAGCUGCUCAAGAAAUUCCAACAGGCCAGACACAAGGUGGUGUUCUCCUCUGAGAGCCUGAUCUGGCCUGACAGACACCUGGAGGACAAACACCCCCACGUCAGGGAGGGCAACAGGUUCCUGGGCUCAGGGGGUUUCAUUGGCUACCUUCCCAACAUCAAACAAAUGGUUUCUGACUGGACAGGUGAAGACAAUCAGAGUGACCAGCUGUUCUUCACCAAGAUUUACAUUGAUCCAGUAAAAAAAAAAUCCAUAAAUAUCACACUGGACAGCAAAUGCAGAUUGUUCCAGAACCUCCAUGGAGCCCUUGAUGAGGUGGUACUGAAAUUUGAGGAUGGCCGGGUACGAGCCAGAAACGUGCUGUAUGAUACUCUGCCUGUCAUCAUCCAUGGCAAUGGACCAACCAAGCUCCAGAUCAACUACCUGAGUAAUUACAUCCCCAACACAUGGACAUUUGAGACUGGAUGCACAGUAUGUCAUGAGGAUCUCCGCCCUCUCACAGCUCUCAAGGAGAGUGAAUACCCGCAGGUGGUGAUUGGCAUCUUUAUUCAGCAGCCUACCCCUUUUGUCACAGUGUUUUUUGAACGCCUAUUGAAGCUCCAGUAUCCAAAGAACAAGCUCAAACUCUUCAUUUACAACCAGGAAGCGCAUCAUGAGCGUCAGAUCAACUCUUUCAUGCAGGAUCAUGGAAGCCUUUAUCAGGCUAUCAAAUUCAUUGGGCCUGAAGAGGACAUGGAUGUAGCUGCCUCCCGCAACCUGGGCCUUGAUAUGUGCCGAAAGGACAAGGACUGUGACUACUUCCUCAACUUGGACAUUGAAGUGGUCUUAAAGAAUGAGAACACACUCAAAAUACUCAUUGAACAAAACCUUUCUAUUGUAGCACCGAUGAUAACUCGAUCUGGCCGACUGUGGAGCAACUUCUGGGGAGCCCUCAGCGCAGACGGCUAUUACGCCAGGUCUGAGGACUACGUAGACAUAGUUCAAGGACGCAGAGUGGGUGUGUGGAAUGUCCCGUAUGUGUCCAGUGUGUACCUGGUGAAGGCCAGCCUCCUUCGAUCAGAGCUCACAGAUUAUGAGCUGUUUAACUCACACAUCUUAGACCCUGACAUGGCCUAUUGUGACAACGCACGCAACAAGGGAAUCUUCAUGUAUGUAACCAACAUGCACAGUUUUGGUCGUAUCCUGUCAACAGAAAACUAUCAGACCAGCCAUCUUCAUAAUGAUCUGUGGCAGAUCUUUGAAAACCCACUGGAUUGGCAGGAGCGCUACAUUAAUGAGAACUACACCCACAUCAUGAAAGACAAGCUGAUUGAGACUCCUUGUCCUGAUGUGUACUGGUUCCCAGUUUUCUCUGAUGUUGCUUGUAACCACCUAGUUGAAGAAAUGGAACACUAUGGGAAGUGGUCCGGAGGAAACAAUGUGGACACCAGAAUCCAAGGCGGUUAUGAAAACGUCCCCACCAUCGAUAUUCACAUGAAUCAAAUCAACUUUGAAAAGGAAUGGCAUAAAUUCUUACUGGAGUACAUAGCACCGAUCACAGAGAAAAUGUAUCCUGGUUACUACACCAAGUGUUCCACUCCCUUGAACUUUGUGGUGAGGUACAAGCCUGACGAGCAGCCCCUGCUUGUCCCUCACCAUGAUGCCUCCACAUUCACUAUUAACAUAGCUCUCAACAGCAAAGGCAUUGACUACCAGGGUGGUGGAUGCAGGUUCCUCCGCUACAACUGCUCCAUUCAGGCUCCUCGUAAAGGCUGGGCCCUUAUGCACCCUGGUCGCCUGACCCACUACCAUGAGGGCCUGCCAACCACCGCCGGUGUCCGGUACAUUGCAGUGUCCUUUGUGGAUCCUUGAACUCCCAAAGAUGGCACACCUCACCAGCUACUCCAGACCAAAGAGGACACGCACUGUCCACAUCCUUCAUCUUACAGCUGCUCUUUAGUCUCUGAUAUGGAGUGGUGACCAUUUCUUUUUUCAUUAAUUUCCUUGUGUUAAUGGCCAAAAUGAUUUAGUUUCUGUCUCAUGUCAAGAAUUAUAUGCAAUUUGUGACUCUGGUCAACCUUCAUCAGUAGUAGAAUUUCAGUGCCCUGUGUUAUUAUCAGGUUAGAGGAGAACUGGGUCAAAAGUAUCACUUCAAUCAAACCUUCACAGAUGAGAUAUACAGAGACACAAGCUUCUAUGACCAAUAGCCUUCAGCUUGUGUCAGAUAUGUUUGUGUUUGUAGACUUACCAAGCAUUAUGGGUGUAACUUGAAAGACAGCAGAACUAGCAUGGUGUUAUAAUGUACUCAAGGCUGGAUUAUCAUUGAGGCAAAUUAGGCAGUGGCCGCAGCCCCAGACCUUUGAGGGUUUGAAAAGGUGUGUCUGUUGGUUUACCACAAUUUGACUGCAAACUGGUUGGGGAAUGUACACAACCUGAUCACAAUAUCAACUGAAAUGAUAAGGGCCUUAUAAGGCAGUGAUCAUGGCAAACCUGGGAAGAGGAAGUCCUCCAGAAUAGGAAAUGGUGUGUGGUUGAGUGGAUACAUACACACUAUACAGAAUGGAAGGUAGUGGAGGCCCAUUUUGCCCCUAGUGGGAUAAUUUAGCCAUGACUAGAUACCUGCUGGACAAGAACACAAGCAACUUGUUCAGAUAAAAAGUUCAUGAGGACCUCCGCCAAUCAAAAUUUGUGGAAAAAGUUGUUUAAAGCUUAGAGUGUGUGAAGUCUGAAGUCACUUGAGGACCCACAAUGCAACCUGUCUGCUGUCAGGUUGCAUUGUGGGUAAUGUGGACACCAGGUUUUGUAAGAACAAAAAUGUGUGGAAUAAAAAAGACAAUAAAUGUGGUUCCGCUGCA